GACGCAUGCGCGGUAACUGUCACAGAGUGCAGCAUAACCGGAUACCUGUCAGUCUGUUCAGUGUGUAUGAAAAUUUGUGUUUUAACGUAAAUUUAAGGGGGCAAUCGCAACGUUAGUUUAACGCAAUGGCGAAACCCGAACAGGUGUUGAUCAUCGAACCCCAAAGCGAAUUGAAAUUUCGGGGCCCUUUUAGUGCACCGGUCACAUCGUAUAUGAAACUUACAAAUCCGACGGAGAAGAGAGUUAUGUUUAAGAUUAAAACGACGGCGCCGAAAAAGUAUUGCGUACGACCAAAUUCCGGUGCUUUAGACAGUAAUGGAGUCGUAGAAAUUGCCAUUUGCCUGCAACCGUUUAUAUUUGACCCCAAUGAGAAGAAUAAACACAAGUUUAUGGUGCAAACGGUGUUCGCUCCGGAUGGAGACGUUUCCGCGGAACAAGUCUGGAAAGACGUGCCGACGGAAAAAAUUAUGGACUCAAAAUUGAAAUGUGUAUUUGAAGUACCAGCAGCGGAGGAAGAACAGAACGGACCUGAAAUAAUUAAAGCUAGUCCGAAAUCUGCUUCGCAGCCGUCUGUUUCUUCUAACGUGGAAGAUGAUUUGAAAAGAGCUAAAGAAGAGGUGAUUGUAUUAAGAGAAGAGGAAAGUGCAUUAAGACAAGAAAACCUACGGCUAAAAGAGGAUAUGUUGCGACUGAAACAAAUGGCAGGAGUUGGAACGAUGAAGGAGCCAAUAACGAGCAAGUAUUUCCCACCGCAAAGCCAAAAUCAGGGUUCUACAGCUUAUUAUAUGGCGAUAGGUCUUUUCAUAGCCAUAUUUGGAAUUAUAGUGGGCAAGUUUGUACUCUGAGCCUGAUAACCUAUAUAUAUUAUAGAUUACGGAGUGGCUAACGCUCUCUUAAAACUCUUGUGUAUUUAUUAUUAUUUCAGUUUAAACUGAUGCAAAAAAAAAGAAAAUGAUUUAUUAACAAGUGUAAAAUAAAGAUUAUCGAUCAUACAGAAAAAGAAAAGAAAAAUAUGUACCCACCCCCCUUUAGAGUAUCUAAGUCAGUAUGUUAUAUUAUUCUUAUUAUUAUAAGCUGAUGCAUUAAAAAAAAACUAAAAAUAUAGUGAAAACAGCGUCGAGUGCUACCUUUUUUUAAUGGUUGUUUUCCGCUACUUUAUUGUUUCGUUAAUUUUUCUUAUCAAUUAUAAAAAUUUUAUAGAGGAACUUGAUAUGUUCUUGAAAUCAUCUAUAUCUUAUUCUUAAAUACAGCUUUAUUCAAUGAAAUAAUUCGAGGACAAUACAAGUUUUUCUUAAUUUAAAUAAAUAACCUCCAAGGUAAAACAUGGAAGAAAAUUACUUAAUUUAUAAAAUCAUUCAAUCAAUCUCCAAAUUUAUAUAUUGUCUAAUAGGAGACCUGAAUAUAGUGAAUAUAAAACGAGAAGAUAGCUUCAAAAUUAGUAUAUCCAAUUACAAAAAAAACUUAUUUUUUGCAGCUUAUUAAUAAAAGACAACAUCUAAUCUUUAUAUAAUCUAAAUUCAAAACUCCAAAUUAUUCCAAUGACAAUGUAAAAAUUUGGAAAAGCUUUAAAUCAUUGUAUGAAAUAUAUUUUAAUAUACCAGGUUUCUAUUUAAAGAAAAGUACGUGUAUCAUAAGGUUUGUUUUAUCAACAAAUGAGAAUUCUUCGCUUGCGCUUCAUUUUUUUCUGAAAAUAUUGCAGCGCAAACGUAGAAGAAUCACCAUUAAUUGAUUCCAACCGUUUUUUACCAUUACUUGAACAAACCUGUAAAAACAUUUGAUUCUACCCCUAAUAUGUUGAUGACUUUUUAAUCUCUUCUUCAUCUAUUUUUUUCUUCUCAUAACGAAUUAAUGAAAAAAAAACACGUAGUUGAGCUGUUAUUAACAUAUUAAGGACUGAAAACAUGUAAAUUCCUCGAAGGGAAAAAAACGAGUUCAAAAAAACGUUUUCCCUUCGAUCACUAUUGCUGUUACAAACAAUGAAUAGAAUUUAAAGAAAAAAAAAUAAUAUGUAUAUGGCGAUUUUACUUAUUAGUUCUCGAGUUCUAAACUAAUCACUAAUAAGAGAACACACACAAUCGAACUUUGUACCGUACUGUGCGCUUUAUGUUUUAAAUUGUUUUCUUUUUUUAACGAAAUAGAUUUAUUACUUUUUUGAAUGUAAAUGUGGUUUGCGAAAGUACGUGUCAGGAAUUUAUCGAACUAAUAAUAGUGCACCAGCUAGAUGAUUAAAAUAAAGAGAGAAAAGAGUCGCGCAUUCUUAAGUCGAUACGUUUAUAAGUCGGUAUGUUUUGUCCUUGUUUAGGUGUAGGUUGUAGCUUGUAUUUUUAAGAGACAUAAGGUAAAAAUAACGUUGUAAAGGAGAAAUAAAGGGAAACGAUGCAACACGUUUUCUUUACGGUUUUGUUUUCUGUCUUUGUCAUUUUUUUCUUUCAUUUUUUUUAUUUUUCACACUCAUUGAUUAAAGAAAUUCAUCUCAGCAUCUCUCUUUCUCGUUUCUAAUAAAGUGAUGGACUUUAACGAGGAAUAUUAGAUGCCACUGUAUGUAUUGUUCGUUACAAAGAUAUAAUAGAAAACCUUGAAGAAUAAAUUUAUUGUGCAUAAA